AUGUCAGUUGCAACACCUCCAGUUCCAGCUUCUAAUGGACCUAAUGGUGCAGCUUCUUCUACAUCCGCUGCAGUUUCAGGACCUUCUUCUGGCUCUUCAAACAGACCAACAUCUCCAUUGAUGCCAUACUAUGAACAACCGGGAUACCGCACCCCAUACAACGGCACCCCAUAUAAUGGCUACAGUUCCCCCUCAGUCCCAGCGAUCAAUACAGUUCAGCAAGUCGGUGCUUAUUCUUAUUACCAGCCUGUCUACUAUAUGUCUUCAGGAGCAAACCAAUCCCCCACAACACCGGCAAUAGGACCACAAUUGCCUUUACCGCAGAAUCAAAUGAAUGUUGCACCAGGCCAACCAGCUAUAGGCAUUAAUGGUGGACCAGUUCCAACUCAAGCUUGUGUACCUGUGGGGUCAACUAGGUUCACAGUUCCUCCGGAAGUUAUUGACAAACCCGCCAACAAAUGCCACCGUUGUGGUACUACAGAGACACCAGAAUGGAGAAGAGGUCCAAACGGAGUUCGUACAUUAUGUAAUGCAUGUGGUUUAUUUCAUGCCAAGUUAGUGAAACGUAAAGGUGCUGUUAUUGCUGCGGAAGAAGUUCUCAACAAUAAAGUCACUAAAGGAAAGAACGGAAGACGGAUAUCCAUCCAAAAGCAUUUGCAGAAUGAGUCUGUAGAAAAGGAAGUCAGACGCAACCGUCAUCAAAAGGAACAACAACAGAUGGAAGUUCAAGCAUUACCACCACAGCAUCUUUCUCAUUCUGCACCAGCUCCUGGUUCCCUCCAAGGGCACAUACAUCAUACACCAAUGCAAUACCUGGCUAUCCCUCAACAGAUGCCACCUCAACCAUCAGCGACACAUGUACAAAUGAGAUUAUCAGGACCCCAAGCAUCGCAAGGAAUGGUUAUUCCUCAACCACAUGGACUACCUCCUCCUUUACUGACCCCACUGUAUCAGUAUGCAUCUUCAAUUCCUGUUCCUAUGGUGCCCCAUUAA